AUGGGAGACUUCAACAGCCACCACCAACACUGGUAUGGGCACAGAUCCCACGACUACACCAACACAAUCAGAACGGACAAACCCGGAUCCAGGAAAAUAAAGAGAUGGAUCGAUCGACAAAGGCUAUCCCUACUUAACGAACCAGGCGAAUUCACACAUUUCCCCAGAAACAACAACAGACCGACCAUCAUUGACUUGACUUUAGUCAAAGGACCAGUACUGGACCAUGACGUCCGGUGGAACAUUGACCGACAUGGAGCCGGAUCCGACCAUGGGAAAACCAUCCUACAACUACGAAUAGAGAAGCCCCCCCACACCCCCAGGAGACUAUGGCAUCGAACGAAUUGGGAAAAACUGGAAGAGAACAUCUCAGGCCUCCAGUUCCCCCCCGAAGCAUGGGAAUGCCAGAACCACACAAAGCAAUCGGUCGACUUCAUACUCGAACAUAUAGAUAACCUGAUAGAUCAGGUGACCCCAUGGAGCCAAGGACACAUCAAAUCUAAGAAAUGGUGGACCCCAGAGCUGAAAGAAAUCAAAUCAACCCUCAACACACUAGAAAGGAAAGCCAGAAACACCCAAAAGGACGAAGAUAGGGAAUCUUUCAGGAAAACCAGUAGAAGAUGGACGGCAGCAAUCCGAAAAGCCAAAGCGGAACAAAGGGAAAAAGAACUCACGGAGGCCAAGGGAAGUGCCAUCUGGAAACUAAUCAACACGGGGAAAAGAAGGGACACUACAAUCCCAACUAUACAAGGUGAAGAAACGUUUGCGGGGAAGUGCCAAGCUCUAAGAGCCCAACUCUUCCCCACAAAUUGGACGUCCCCCAACAACCCCCCACUCCAAAUCAGACCCCCAUCCUUUGACCUUAGUGACGAUUUCCAGGAAGUAACAACAGAAGAAAUCACGUCCGCAAUCAAAUCAUGCCCAGCACAUUCGGCCACUGGCCCUGACAACAUACCAUAUCCUUUCAUACAGGCAACAAUUAAGUCAAACACCCAACUCUUCCAGGACAUGUUCUCAGCCAUGCUCCGACAUGGAGUCCAACCGGACCGAUGGAAAGUGGCAAAAUGCAUACCAAUCCCGAAACCAGGAAAAUCCGACUACUCAUCGGCCAAAGCCUACCGACCCAUCUCCCUACUACAAUGCUUUAGCAAAGUACUGGAAAAGAUAGUGGCAACAAGAUUAUGCACUGCCGGAACCAUCCUGGAAACCCUUAGUAAAGACCAAUUCGGAGGCAGACCAACUAUCUCAGCGAUCGAUGCCUUACUCCGCACGCUCACGCCCAUCCAACAAAACCUCCUGAUCAAGCGAACUACAGGAACUACCCCAGACAGACCAGCACUCCUCACAAACGACAUACAAGGAGCCUUCAACUGUGUCGACCACCUCCUACUCGCCGAGAUCAUGACCCAACAGAGAUUUCCAACAUACCUGACGACCUGGUGCAAGGAAUUCAACACCAAUCGAACACUUCAAUUCCAAUUUAACCACGAACUGGAACCACCACGACCAUAUUCCUCAGGACUACCCCAAGGAUCCCCCCUAUCCCCAGUACUAUUUAUGAUAUACGCCGGGGUAAUAACAGACCCCACCAACUCUCCCAAAGAAAUCAACACCACCUACAUCGACGACGACGCACUCAUCCAACUCGCGAAGUCCCCUCUCUUCAUCACCAAAAGACUCAACGAAAGGAUGGAAGAAAGAAUUAAGAAAGCAGAACCCCUUAACAUCAAAUAUGAACCCCAAAAAUCCGACCUCGUCUUCUUCAAACCCACAACAUCAAGCACCCCGGACCCUAAGAACUCGGUAAAAAUCGCAAAAGAAGAAAUCCACCCCAAAGAUAGACUCAAAUACGUAGGAGUCUGGCUGGACUCAACGCUCUCCUUCCGACCACACAUCGAAGAAACCAUCGCCAAAGGCCUCAUAGCCCUAGGCAGAAUCAGAAACAUCGCCUACCUCCCAGGAUCAACAACAAAAUCCAUCCACCACCUCAUCGUCCAAGGCUUCCUCCCCACCAUCCUAUGGGGAUCGGAGGCAUGGUGGACAGGAGCCGACCACAUCCUCCGAUCAUUAUCCCCCCUCUACAACGAAGCCGCCAGGAUUAUAACAGGCCUACCCCGCUGGACCAAAACCGAAAAACUACUGAAAGAGGCAGCACUUCCCCCACUCGAACACCUCCUCAACCACAAAUCGCGGAAGUACGGGACGCGCAUCCUCUGCCACCCUGCGGACCACCCACUCAACGAAGGACUCAUCCAACUCCUCCCCACCAGAAUAAAAAACAUUAAAGGCACAGGCCUACAUCGGAUUGCAUCACUCAUGCUACCCUUUCAGGAACCAGGUAACCACAGAGAAAGAUGGAUACAAAACGAUACCCUCACCAAACGAAUGAUAGAAGAAUGGAACUCCAUCCCACUCAUCAACUACCACGAACCAGGAACCCUAAAAAUCCCACCAAAGCGAGCAAAACUCCUCCGAUCCAAAGCAAAACUCAUCCACCGCAUACGAUGUCAAGUCACUAGGAUAGACAGAUAUGCAGCAUUUACGGAACCUGAACCCUGCCAAUGCGGCUCGGAACAAUCCUCCAAACACACCAUGAUCGACUGCCCACGAUGGACACAACUACGAAGGCCACUUAUGGACAAAAUCCCGGGGCCGCCCACUUGGGAAAACUGGCUAUUUACCAACCUCAACGUAGACCUGAUUCUACAGUUUGCAACAAAAACCAACCUACUCGACUGGUACGAAAUGGACGAGGAGGACCCGGAGGAAUGA